CAGAACCCCACUGCCCAUAGCAACAGUGCCCUGGCCCUGUGGUGGCAGCACACUGGGGCUGGGGCAGAGCCAGGCAGUGCCACCACCAAGCGCAGCACCACAGCGAUGAGGAGCAGCACCCCCACACCCCCAAACCCCUGAGCACCCCCACACUCACAGCUACAGGGGAGCCUGUGCUUCCACUGGGAGGGGAGGACCAGCAAAGCAGGACACGUCCCUGACAGCAGCAUUCCACAAUGGAGCUCUACGGCUAUCCCUUGAAAGCAAAGUUUACCUAUCCAAAACCACCCCCCAGCAAGAUCCUGCCCGCCACCAGCACCGUGGCUGCAAGCUACAAGAGCCGGAUUCCUUACCAGCCGGAGAGCAUCAGCCUCCCCUGGAUGCCCAACGCCUACUACAAAGCAGCUGCCCUCAACCCAACUCUGGCUCCCCUUUCCGAAAGCUUCCCAGGGUUACCCCCCACCAAGAUAAUUCCCUUCAUUUCCGAGAGACCGGACGGUGUCUUCACCCGGCACACCCUCGACGACUGGCACAGGUCCAACAUGACCAACUACAAGGAGUCGGAGACCACCCGGCACAACGCGGAGCGCCUGAGGGCCGACCUCAACCGCACCAUCAAGGACGUGUACCAGCAGGCCAAGAGGACCCAGGGGGAGAGCACCAAGAACCUGGGAGAACGUGUCAAUGACAUAGAGUAUUGGAAGUCGGAGCUCUGCCUCGAGCUGGAUGCCAUGAUCAGGGAGACCAACUCCCUGACGGACAUGCAGAAGCGGCUGGAGAGAGCCUUGGCCGACACCGAGGGCCCCUUCCAGGUCGCUCACAAGUGCUUGCUUAACCGGGAGAAGAGGAUGGGCAUCGACCUGGUCCACGACGACGUGGAGAAACAGCUCAUCACAGAAAUCAAGACCAUCAGGUCCGUCCGGGAGAGGCUCCAGCAGUGCCUGAACACCGUGAAUGCCCAGCUCAUGUGCAACAAGGAGGCCCGGCAGGAGCUGGAGAAGGACCUGGCUGACAAGCAGAUGGGUCAUCACAUCGACAACAAGUGCUACCAGCUGAAGAACACCUCCAGAGGCAUCCACUACUACCGAGGGGUGGAGCGGAUCGAUGCCACGGUCUCGGUGCCGGAGACGUGGGCCAGGUUCACGGACAACAACAUCUUCCUCCAGAGCCAGCGGGCGACCUCGGCAAGCUGCGGGCGAGCACCGAUAGAGCGUCCUCUGGGCACGGCCGACGAGAUGUGGCGCCAGUUCAGCAAGGUCAACGACGCCUUCACCAGCCGCAUCACCGAGACCGCCAACGCCAAGAGCAAGAUCCAGACCCACCUGGCCAAGACACGGCAGGAAAUCUUCCAGAUCGAGACGAAGAUACAAGUCAUCCAAAAACCAUAAAGGACAAAGAGGAUGUUAAAAGUGGCUCAGACCCGGCUGGAUGACCGCACGAGGAGACCAAACGUGGAGCUGCUGCCGGGACACUGCCAGAUCAGCCUUGUCCACGAGGUCAAUGAAAUCAAUGAGACACUCAGGAACCUCCACCAGUGCCUCAGAGCCUCCGAGGACAUGCUGCAAAUGCUGGUCCGUUCCAAGGCCGUCUUGGAGCACGACCUGGUCAUCAAGAACAACUCGCUCUUCAUCGACCAGGAGAGGUGCAUGGGGAUGCGCAAGACCUAUCCCAGCACCGUGCAGAUCCUGGGAUAUGUCUCAGCAGGGCUCACCUGAGCACACGGAGCGUCUGCCGGGGGGCAGAUUCCCAGUUUUGUUACGGUUCUUUGCCAAUAGAUUGUUACGAUUUCA